AUGACAUACUCUAGAGAAUGGGAGAAAGAGCUGGGUCACAAGAUUCCUCAGCAACGUUGGAAACCAGCGUUCAAUGCUCAUAAGAAAAACACACACUGCGCAUCUCAUCGAGAACUUAUUAGGAAGAUUAUGACCACAUGGUACUUGGUGCCAGCGCUGCUGGCCCACAUGUUUAGUACAUCUACCAACAGGUGCUGGAGGUGCAGUGUAGAGAGGGGAACCCUGCUUCACGUUUGAAGGGAAUGUUCGGUGAUCAAACCAUACUGGGACAUGGUGGCAGAGAGAAUUUCUAAGGAAUUGGACAAACUGGAUCAGGCAGCAGCAGACAUUUUCCUGCUGAUCAUGCUCCCGGACUCACCAAACACCAAAGGCUACUCUCAUUCCAUGUACGGAGAGCAGCAAAUCUCACGAAUGCUAGGGGUUGGAAAUCACCAGCACCACCUAAGAGAGAACAAAUAA